GGUUCAGUACUGGGACCUACACUGUUUCUUCUAUAUGUAAACGACAUUCCACUCCAUCUAUCACAUUCAUCAGUUGAUAUAUUUGCAGAUGAUACAACCUUAUCUGCAAGUACUUAUUGGAAUGAUAUUCCCUCAAUGGUCCAUGAUAUAAAUUGUGAUCUUGCUGCCUUAAAUCAGUGGUCGAUUCAAAAUAAGAUGAGUAUUAACGACAAAAAAACAAAGUUUAUGCUUAUAUCAGGAAAGCGUCUUGAAAAGAAAAUCUUAGAAAAAGGGAAUAUGGACAUAGCAGUUAAAGUGGAUGAUACACAGAUUACUGAAGUAAAUUGUCAAAAACUCCUUGGAGUAACGAUUGACAAUAGAUUAAAUUAUGAAGAACAUAUUGAUCGAUUAUGUCGGAAACUCUUGAAACAGCUUGGUCUUCUCAAACACUAA